AAUUGCUGGAGGAAUAGAAGCCGAAGAAAACGAAUUUCCUUGGGUGGCAGCCUUAAGAAUAUUCGGCGUUGUAAGUUGCGGAGCUACAGUUAUCACUAAGCAGCACUUAUUAACUGCUGCACACUGCGUGGAUGGGAUCGUCGAAAAAGGUGACACCGGAGUUGAAGCAUUAUUGGGUGGAUAUUAUAAAGAAAUAACAUUAAAUGACUUACUCGAACACAAAAAAAAUAGUAUGGUUAAGAAUCAUAGAGAUAAUUAUACACCCGGGAUUUAAUAUGUCAUCUUUUGAUAACGACAUCGCAAUUUUGAAAUUAGAGCGCACUUUAUCAUUCAAUACCCCGAAAAUUCAACCAGCAUGCCUACCAAGUUCUGAAAAUCAAAAUUACGCCGGUUACUUUGGCACCGUUACUGGAUGGGGUUCCAAUGACGAAUGGACGUCCGCGUCCCUGUCCGCAACUAACAAGAUACGGAAAGUGGAAGUUCCUAUCAUUCCGACUGAUCAUUGUAGGAUGAAUUAUAUUUAUGGAAACUCGUUGUAUUCAGUAACUGAUAACAUGAUGUGCGCUGGAAACUUGUAUUUUGGAGGACAAGAUGCCUGUAGGGGUGACAGUGGCGGACCUUUACAAAUCAAUGUUGAUGGACUUGGAACCAUGAAAGUUGUCGGGAUUGUUUCUUGGGGUCGUGGCUGUGGUCAACCAAAUUACCCUGGCGUUUACACUCGAAUUGAUAGAUAUAUACGUUGGAUACAUGAUAACAUAGGAGAAAAAUGUUUAUGUGAAAUUUGAAAAUCAUUAGGUAGGUAUUAGAAAAUGGGCAUGUAUUUUGUUCCCAUGCAUAUGCAGUUUUCCUUAUAUGAUUAAGUACUUAGACUUACCCACGUAUCGUUAUUUUAAAAUGUUGGAGCAAAUUUAUGUAAAACGAUCUUACGUAGGUAGUAUGGUAGUGAUAAUUGAUUUUUAUCAUUUUUAAUUCAAGUUGUUGCAAGCAAAACACUAAUUUUUUGGGUUUUUUGCUUGAUUUUUUCACGAAAGGAGUGACUCCUUCAAUUCGUAAUCUGAGCUUAAAAUUUUCCAAAUAAAAGAAGUUUUAUGUAAGAAGGGACUUUAAAAUGAAAAAAACCUAAUAAACAAUUUUUUCAAUUUUGAUGAAUUUUGAGAUCGAAAUGUUGGUGCGUUUUUUUUCUUUCGCAAAAACAUGCAAUCAAAGUGUGAACGUGGAGAGAAAAAAAUUUUGAGAGGAGACUCACACAAAUGGGGUCUUCUCUUUUCUUCCCAUAAAGUGUUUAAUGAAUGAGAAUUUAUCAGAUUGGGAAAAAAUGUGGAGCAAGAAAAUAAAAAACGGCGAUUUUAAAAAUUUUGGGAUAAAUUUUUACAUUUUUUGUAAAAUGCAAACUCAAGGAGGUAUUCAAGUUGAUUUUUUAAAAAUGUUUUUUAACAAGACGAAGGCAAAUUAAUAAAGUAGGUACCUACCUUCAAUACACCUCUAGCAAAUAAUUUAAAUAACUAAAAUUCAUUUUUCGAUUUUUUGCGCAUUUUAAAAAAUUCCAAUUUGGAUUAAAAAUGAAAAAAAAAAUUGAAAUUUUAUAAAAUUGGGCUAAUAAAAUCUGAAAUUUGAUUUAUACCGUUGAAGUUUAGUUUGUACUUUAGUUUUGACCUAUCGAGUUGAUUGAUGAUGGUUUCGGACAAUUCUAGAGCUUCCAAUAGAUUUUAAUUUUUUUUUCAAGAAUGAUCACUAAAGGAAAUUUUGAAUUCCUCAAAAAAUUCUCCAAAAAGGAAUCAUACACCGAAGUACCUAGUUACCGUAUAUCAAAUGUUUAUUCACUUGGAAUUUUAUACAAGUUCGUGCCUAUUUAGAUACUUGAAGAAACUCAAUUCAAAGACCAUUCAUCUGAAAAGGAAUUUCAACCGGAGGAAGUUUUUUUUUUAACGUAGAGUUUACCAUCUCAUACUCUUUUCUUUUACAAAAUUAAGAGAAUUAAUUGACAUUUUGAAUAAUCAUAAGAAUUCAAAAUUUUCAAGAGCUUUCAUCCUUACUUGGACCUGUUCUCUUUUCUUUUUCAAAAUUAACAUCCUAAAAAAUAUCUUUCGAAUUCUAAAAUUUUAAAAAUCCAAAAAAUAAACUCCUUGUAUUAAAAAAAAAAAAAAAAACAUCUCUGUGUAAGUACAUUCCUCCGGUUGAAAUUCCUUUUCAGAUAAAGGUUCGAACUUGUAUAAAAUUCCAAGCGAGUAAACAUUUGAUGUCUACUUCGUAAGUACCUACUUCGAAAAUAGUUGUACUAUUUAUAUCUAAAUUUAUUCACAUAAGCUUGAAAUAUUGAUA